AUGCCCAAACUUCCCCCUUCUGCCAUGGAUAAGCUUGAGCGGAUAAUUGAGGCAAUCCUAACCUCUAUUUCUAGUAUUGAACUAGGUUAUGGUGAGGAUAAUGGCCUCAAAGCUCAAAAAACUAUCAGAGACCACAGCAUCUUCUGCAAUCACCACCUUUCUCCUCCCACUCCACUUCUCCUCCGCCCCAUCCUCCCCGGCGGCGGCAGUCUCGCGGCGCCCUUUGGACGUGAUCGCCGCGUGGGUGACGAGAAAAAGCUCGUCUUUUUAACCUUCUCCUCUCCUCCUCAUCCUCCAUCGUUUCUUCGACGUGUUGUGGUCGUGGAGCGCUAUCCCUCUUGGGUUUUUCGAGGAUCUGGUCGUAAAUCUUUGCAGAAAGAGGAAAAGGUGAAGGUCUCUAAGCAAUGUUCUCCUGAUCCUGGUUUUUCGGGUUACAACCCUUUUGAUUCUGAUUCGGAGUCUGACUUGAAUCAUAAGACUGCAAGAGCUUCCUCAGCCCCUGUGAUCAGCAGACCGAAAAAAACAAGCUCCAAGUUUAGUUACAAUGGAGAUGAAGGAAAUGGUGCUUCUUCUUCGUCAUCAUAUUCAGGCUUUUCAACUUCAAGAAUCAAAUACAAAAAUGACUUCCGUGACUCGGGGGGUUUUGAAAACCAGUCUGUGCAAGAGCUAGAGAACCAUGCUGUGUAUAAGGCUGAGGAGACUACACACAAAAUAAAUGGCUGUUUGAAGAUUGCUGAAGAGAUGAGAGGAGAUGCUUCAAGGACUCUCAUCAGCUUGCAUCAGCAGGGCCAAAAAAUUACUCAGACUCAUCUAACUGCUGCAGACAUUGAUCAUGACCUCAGUAGGGGCGAAAAGCUUUUGGGAAGUCUUGGCGGAAUUUUCUCCAAGACAUGGAAGCCAAAGAAAAAUCGUGAAAUAAAGGGGCCUGUAUUAACAAGAGAUGAUUCUUUUAUACAAAAAGGAAGCCACAUGGAGCAGAGACAAAAGUUGGGAUUAUCAGGUCCUUUGUGUCGGUCCAAUCCUCGAACUUUUCCUUCUGAACCUACAUCUGCACUGGAGAAAGUCGAGAUAGAGAAGGCCAAGCAGAAUGAUGCCCUUUCUGAUUUGAGUGACUUGUUGGUUGAGCUGAAGGACAUGGCUAUGGACAUGGGUGGUGAGAUAGAGAGGCAUACCGGAGCUCUGGAUCGUAUGCAGGAUGAUGUUGAUGAACUAAAUUUCAGGGUGAAAAGAGCAAAUAUUCGAGGGCGUCGUCUGCUUGGAAAAUAGUUUGCUAACGUUAGAAAGGGUGUUGAAGAUGAGCCGGUUUUUAUCGUAACAUUCCACCCAUCAUAUUGAAUUGGGUCAUGCUGGUUGCAUGCUCACAUUAUUGAUCUUCUUGUCAUUUAAAUGCAUGUCUUUUUAUGUUUCCAUGUCAAGCUUGAGCGCACUCUUUCACAAAUUUGCAUCGUGUAAGAGUUCAGUUUGAACAGAUGAGUAGGAAAUUUUAGUCUAGAAACAAGAAUGGAUUACAGUUCCUUGGGGAAGAUGGAUGAAGAUAACACUCUUGAAGCCUAAAAAUAGAGCUGUAAAAUUUUACGUGCUUUAUUAUAGAAGUGCUAGAUCAUGAAAACACUUAUUUGGGAAAA